AUGUCGCCGUCGAAUUACCCGACGUGGUCGUUGAUGUCCAUCUAAAAGACAACAAACGAAAACGAAGUUUCUGGUAUUCCCAGGACACCUUCAGAAGCAGUGGCCAAUCAGACCCUACGACGACGACGACCAAUCCUCGAAGGAGCGGGCCAUCGGCAGUAAUGGGAACAGCAAUGAAGAUAGAGAGAGAGAGAGAGCUGACGAGCCCUCGCACUAUGAAUGAAGUGACAAGUCGUGUAUAA